CGAAGCGGCUUGUUUGGUUUUGGCCGUGGGAACGUAAAGCUGGCCGCGAUGCACGGUGCCGCGGUGUCCGUUGAUCUCCAGCGGCUGCCAGGCUGAGCACACAGCCACGGCGCCAGAAUAACCGUUAGAAUAAUAUUAAUGCCUCCUAUCAAUUGGUGAGUGGUAGCGUCAUGCUGUGUUGUGUUUUCUAAUAUUUUCCCCGCCGACAGACGGUUUUUCCAACCAGACUCACGGGGCGGCGCUGUACCUCUUUUUCGCGUCCAUGACCUCACCCGAGGUGAAAAGCUGCAGCUUUACGAUUUCACCACAAGGCGUCGCUGCUGCACCCCCACACACAGCCAGUUAGCCAAAGAUUAUAAACAGCAUCGAGAUGGUAAAUGCUUUGGCAUUUUUAUUUUUUUAAAGCCCGUAUAAAUGAUAAUCCUAUAAUCCAAUGAACAAAGACAUAGCAGAAGGAACAGUGCGGGCAAAAAUAAAGAAAGGCACCAGGUAAAGAAUCCACAAGAAAACUGGGGAAAUUAGAGCAGCGGCUUGGCGAAGCGAACACGGAAGUACAGAAGAGUAACUCUUGCCCUGCAUGAAAACUUAUCAUGACAAAAGUCAUGGCCGCCUCCUGCUCGUUUGUGUGCUGCGGAGAGGAGAAAGAAGCCGAUAAAGCUGUCGUCGUCCGCUUUUCCAACGGCAGCGUUCAAAAUGCAGACAAGCUGGAUUUCAGCAUGUUUAAAAACACGGAGGAAAGUAACCCCAGGAAAAAGACCAGGCGGAUACUGGUUGCAGAGUCAGACAGACUGUCCUAUGUGGGGCAGAACUUUGGAGUGGGGUCCAUGAAGUGCAAUAAUCUUUGCAAGUAUUAUGUGGGCGUGUUGAACAAGCAGACCAUGACGAUGGAGGUGCAUGAAGCUCAGCUCUUCAACAUGCAACCAGUUAUACCAGGAGAGACAACAGACAGUGCAAAACCCCAGGACACUACUCAGACCUACAGAGAAAAGGUUGAUUUACUGAUUGAGGCCUUUGGUACCAACAAGCAGAAGAGAGCUCUGAGCUCUCGCAGGCUGAAUCAGGUGGGCAGUGAAACCCUUCAGCAAGCAGUGGCAAAGGCUGCCAACACUGUGAUUGGCGAGAAGGGUCUGGAAGCUUUGCAGCAAGAAGUGGCUGACGCAGAGUCGCAAGGAGACCUGGCUCUGCACCUUCCCCCCUGCAAUGCAAACGCAGACAAACGAGAGGACGUCUAUCCAUUUGAUGAGCUCUUGAGCCCAGUGGAGUUUGGUGCUUUGGAGCAGGGUGGUGCCAAAAUGGCAGCACUCACCCCCGAAGAGCUGAAAAAGAUGAAAGAUGAUGGAAGGUGCCUGAGUAUUGUGAAGCAUCUAGAGAAUCUGCCAACUGAAAGUGAAAGCCGAGACAAAACAGCACGCUGUGCUUUCUACCUCUCUCUGCUCCUCAAACUGGCUCGGGAGAGGAAUGUCACCCGCAAGUUUGGGCAAGAGGAAGGCUGCCCUCGCAUCAUCCAGGGCAAACUGUUUAAAACGUUCACCGUGGAGACCUUCAACAAUGGCAGAAUCCAGAACAUGGUGUCGUCGUCAAUGCGGGUCAAACUAGCAGCAUACUGCUUAGCUCUGCUGCUGCAUAUGGGUAACAUGACAGCUGACCUCACAUUACUGCAUCGUGACCUGGGAAUCACUGAGGCAAGGAUGACUGAAGUCGCAAAGUCAAUGAGACUGACCUUGGUGAAACCAGCCCGAGGCAAGGGUGAUAACAUUGAACUGCAAGAUGACAGCAGACUGGCCGCCCUUGUUCUGCCUCUGAUCAAAUACGAUCACUUCACUGAGAGACGGAAACGAAAAAAGAUGCACUGAGGACGUGAAGGAGAACCGAGAACUGGACAGAAAGAAAUUAAUAUCAAACAAAUGGCUGCAUUAAACAAGGCUUGUUUGUUAAUGCUUUUGUAGACAAAUAAAGUGAACUUCAAGUCGUA